AUGAUGAAGAUGAUGAACGCUGAAUCCAAAUCAUAUACACCCUUCCAUUGGACACGUAAGUCCGUGCCUAAAGAUGAACUCGAAGCCGGAAAUAAAAUAAUGAAAAUGUUACAAAAAGCAGAUAUGAAUAACGAUGGUUGUUAUUCAAAGGAUGAGAUCAAGAAAGCUCUAAAGAAUUUAGGUGCCUACUUCCCUGGAUGGAAAGCAAACCGAUGUUUGAAGAAACUUGAUGCAGACAAAGAUGGCAAAAUUAAUGGUGAUGAAAUUGACGAUUUGGUUAAUUAUCUUAUUCAUCAUGGGUUCGGAAAGAAGUGA